GGCCAGGGUGCGGCCGCACCUCCAACACCCUCCUAAGCUCCGCCCUGCCUUAUACUGCAUUAUUCAAUUUUUUUAAACACAGGAUUAUUCAGAAAAUAUUGGAAAUUACAAUUUUAAUCAGUGAGGUCAGAUUUUGGUGAUGAAUCAUAUUGCAAGUUCGGAUUUCAUAUCAGCACUGCUGUAGGUAUCGCAAAACUAGCUUGACGCUCGGCUCCGGAAGCGCCGCAAGUUAAAGUGAGAGGAAAGGAGGAGGUAUGAGGCUGCUGAAGAGAGGAAGAAAGAUGAUGGGAGCUACAAUUAUGCUACACAAGAAGUGACCCACUUCUAACUGUAGAUACGUCUAUAAGAAGCACGCUUGUGGUAUCCAAGGACUGAACUCUCCAUUUCGAAGAUGUCGGCGUCGGCGUUUUUUAUUCUGGACCUGAAGGGAAAGGUCUUGAUCUGUCGUAACUACAUGGGAAACAUGGACAUGAAUGAGAUUGACCACUUCAUGCCGUUUCUAAUCAAGCGGGAAGAAGAGGCAGAGAUGACUCCAUUGAUCACUCAUGGCUCCUCGCACUUUCUUUGGAUAAAACAUAACAACCUGUACUUGGUGGUCAUGACCAAGAAGAAUGCCAAUGCUGCUCUGGUGUAUUCCUUCCUUUAUAGAAUUGUCCAGGUGUUCCAAGAGUACUUUAAGGAGCUGGAGGAAGAAAGUAUUCGUGACAACUUUGUGACUGUGUAUGAACUGAUGGAUGAAGUCAUGGAUUUUGGAUUCCCACAAACAACUGAUAGCAAAAUUCUUCAAGAGUACAUUACCCAGCAGGGUCACAAACUGGAGAUUGGGGCUGUUCGACCUCCUGCCACUGUCACUAAUGCUGUGUCCUGGAGGUCGGAGGGCAUCAAGUACAGGAAGAAUGAAGUUUUUAUGGAUGUCGUUGAGUCUGUAAAUCUAUUGGUGAAUGCCACUGGCAGUGUCCUGCGGAGUGAAAUAUUGGGCUGCAUCAAGCUUAAAGUCAUCCUUUCUGGGAUGCCUGAACUCAGGCUGGGACUUAAUGACAAAGUGCUGUUUGAAAUCACAGGCAGAGAGAAGAGUAAAAGUGUGGAGCUAGAGGAUGUGAAAUUUCAUCAGUGUGUUCGUCUGUCACGCUUCCAGAAUGACCGCACAAUUUCUUUCAUCCCACCUGAUGGCGAAAGCGAGCUCAUGUCCUACCGGCUCAACACUAUGGUGAAGCCACUCAUAUGGAUCGAGAGCGUGAUAGAGAAGUUCUCCCACAGCCGUGUCGAGAUCAAGGUGAAGGCUCGUAGUCAGUUUAAGAGCCGUUCAACUGCCAACAAUGUGUCUAUUUUGGUGCCAGUGCCCAGUGACGCCGACUCACCAAAGUUCAAGACCAGCACCGGCAGUGCCAAGUGGGUGCCCGAGAAGAAUGUGGUGCAGUGGAACAUCAAAUCUUUCCCUGGUGGCAAGGAGUACUUGAUGCGGGCGCACUUUGGGCUACCCAGUGUGGAGGCUGAUGAGUUGGAUGCAAAAAGACCAAUCACUGUUAACUUUGAAAUCCCCUAUUUUACUGUGUCUGGCAUUCAGGUGCGUUAUCUUAAAAUUAUUGAAAAGAGUGGAUAUCAGGCUUUGCCUUGGGUGCGCUACAUCACACAAAGUGGAGAUUACCAGCUCCGGACAAACUAAAGGGCGAAGAUGCUGCUAGACGAAUGGCCCGCUGUGUCUUCCUCCCAUGUCCUUCUGUCUCUCAGCUCCUUUCUGUGUGCAUGAGACAGCAGGAAAAUCCCCACCCAUUUUGUGCACAAACACUUUAACACUACAAGUCAAGUUCCAAUUUAUUUAAGAUUUCCCCUUUUUUAAGACAUUCAUGCAGAGGGUUUUUCUUCAAAACAUUGAAUAACAAAUCGCCCUUUUAAUUUUUUGCUUGACUCAGUAGCUUCACAGAGUGACAACCAGAGAUCAAUGCGAGCCAGUGACCACUUUGCAAGUAUUUGCAUAAUUUAAUCAUCAUGGAACCUUUUAGCAUUUUAGAACCUGGAUGUGUUCUUUGUGAACAAGUCAUCUACUAUCAGAACCUCUGUUGUAUGUUUAUUGACAAAAUAUAUUGUUUAUGUAUUAUCACCCCUAGCACUGUGAACACAAUCCUCAGUCAAGUGAACCUAACACCAGCCAGCAGGUCAAUGAUUAAUAAGUGACAAUAUUCUCUGAGACUGAGGCAGUGUAAUAUUACACCGCUAACAGGCCCGCAGAGCCUGUAACCUUGUCCUUGCGCUCAAAACCCACUUGCAGCUUUGAAGAGUCAUCAAGAGUGAGUUGCAUGCAAUAAUGCUGUCAUUUCUACAUGUAUUUUUUUUACAAAAUCACACUUAUUUCCUUGUUCCUUUUUUAUGAAGAGAAGUUAACAUAUCCUAAAGGGACUGCUUGACAAUACUUACCACUACUGGCCAAAAUAUUUAGAGUACGGUAUUGUACAGUUUCUCAUAAUAAGUGUAUUUGACUCUGAACCGAUUUAAUACAAAAUUUUUUGUUAUUUGUUGGCAAUAAUUUAUCAUUCACUGACUGGCAUAUGAAGUAAUUACAUAUAUUUGAAAAUAAAGGUCUUCUACAUUCUAAAGUAUUGAGC